UUUUCCUCAACCCAUCCAUUCUAUCAGUUUCGCAGUUUUCAGUUCCAGAGCCAAUCACACAAAUUGGAGAGUUGAACGAUAUAUGAACAUACUGACACUUCGGUUGUUGGUUAGCAAGUAUUGCCUCCAUCGUGAUCCAGGUCAAUCUCCAGAAGAAACAACCUCGAUGAUGACGUCGUCUCGGGCCGCGUGCAACCAGAGGUCCAGGCCUCCCCAGGAACCAAUUCCGGCGGAGCUGACCCUGAUGCUUCUGGGCCCCUCCUUCAACUGCACCGAGGAUAUUCCGUGCAGCAUCAUGAAGCUCCAAUAAUGUCAAGCAGACGGGAAUCCUCCAGCCAUGCGGCAGCUGCGGCCAAACCGUCGCGCAUCGCCUUGCCUGCUUGGCUGGACCAUUUCAACCUACGCGACUUGAAGGUGCUUUUCCGUUGUUGGACUGCAGCAUGGGUUGCAACACUGUUGAUUUUUAUCGGUCCCGCACUGCAACGAAUCGGCAUCGCCACUUUCUUCGGCGCUCUGGUGCUCUACAUAGUUCCCCCGGCGGGGAUCUUGUUCGUAUACCUACUCGCGUCGCUGUCCCUUCUCGCUGGAAUGUGUCUAGGUUGGGCCUGGGGUCUGCUCACUAUGAAGGCGGCUUUGGCUGCACGUCCAGCUCCUCAAACCCAAGCUCGUCUCCAGGAACUGCAGCAGGAGGUAGUGGCUGAGGUCCAGCAGUCCGGACAAAGCGUUGCGACCGUGACGCAGCAGCUUGUCUACAAUGGAUUCAUGUUCGAUGCUCGAGUCACGGCCAUCUUCUAUGUCAUGAUCUGUGUCUUCAUCUACGCCAUGUCACGUCUCAGGGUCGCCAACAACAAGUUUGCACUGGCCCAGAUAUUCAGCAUCAUCAUUUCCGACCUCUUUCUACUCUUUGGUCCAGCAUUGCCGUCAUUCACGGCCCUUCUGCCCAAGGUUUUGGUCGAGCCUGGUGCUAUUGGCAUCGGACUGGGUACGGCCUGCUGUGUCCUAUUUUUUCCGCAAUCUACAUCCUACGCGGUCCUAGCCAACAUGGGACAGCUGCUCCGCUUGGGGCAGAUACCUUUGAAGUGUACUGUGUCACGUCUCAACGGCGAAGAGCUAGACCUGGCGUACCUCCUUGAGACAAAAGGAAAAUCCAUUGGUGCUGUCAAGGCCCUCGAGCCACUGCUGGCGUUUCUUCCCCUGGACUUUUCUCGGGGUCGCUGGAAUUCUGACGACGUCAGAGCUCUACAAGAGCCGUUACGGAAGACACUCUUGGCUGAACUAUCCCUGCUAGAAUAUCAUAUAGCUCGGAUUCACGGCGACCAGAGCAUGCAAAAGCUUUCACCGAAUGAUGCAUCUACUGCUAACACUACGGCCGAAAAGAGAGACCAGGCCAUUGGUCGCCAUCAAUUGCAGCAAAGUGCCGAGCUGAUGAACGCCUUCCAGGGUGUUGAGGAAACGAUUAUUCGUGCGCGUACGCUGGACGCACUGAGACAGUCAACUAUCCCACUCCUCCAGGCCUGUUCGGGAGCGAUUGAUACUAUCGUUGAUGCCAUCGAUACCAUGAACUCUCGACGUUGGGUUCGUACGGCCUCACAGAUACAGAUAGACCAGCAGGUUGCACGAGCUGAAGACUCGUUGGAGACACUCCGUAAAAUCCGAGCAUCUAGUCUCACCACGACUACAGAAGCAUUGAUUAAUAGCCAUGCCGAGAUGUUUGAUGAUAAUGGUAAUUUCAAGACUGGAAACGUGGAAGGGGCGCAUGCACUGCGAGGGAUCAUCAUAGGGAUGGUGAUUGAAGAGCGCAUUUUGGCAGUGGCCGAGGCGACACAGGUCCUGUUAGGUCACAUCUUGUGGCUGCUCCAGAAUCGGUCCAAGACCCGGAUCUGGAUCCCUUCUCGACUACAAUAUGCCUUGAAUUGGAUCUGGAGCGGGACUGUUCCCACUCCGAUGUCAGAUGCUGCAGGCAAUACUGCAACAGACCCGGAGGUUCUUGAAGAACAGACUCAAGAAGCGGAUCGUCGCCUUCGGAUCAGUCGGGGUUACGGGACACCACAGCGAGGCCGCAUCACACGGACAGUCAUGGCCAUCUACCAAUGGCUCUUCAACCCCGCUGGCAUGUAUGCGCUGCGCAUGGUGGUGGUGACGAUCGCCACGGCAAUUCCUUCUGCACUUCCCCACACUGCAGGAUUCUACUACCGGGAGAAAGGAAUCUGGGGGGUCAUCACUGCACAAACAACCCUCUUGGUGUAUAUGGCCGACUUUACCCUUUCUCUGGUGUCUCGUUUAGUUGGCACGGUGGUGGGUGGUGUGCUGGGGAUGGUAGCCUGGUAUAUCGGUUCAGGACAUGGCCCUGGCAAUGCCUACGGGCUGGGAGCCAUAACAGCAGUCAUGACGGUGGUGCUAAUGUGGUGGAGGAUUUUCCUGCCACCGGCACUGGCCAUGGCUGCCAUUAUGAGCGGUGCCACUUUUGUUUUGGUCAUCGGCUUCAGUUAUGAUGACGCCCAUGCACAGCAAUACGGCCUUCCUGGUCGCGGAGACACGGCUUUCUGGAAACGCUUGGUUACCGUUCUCUUAGGAUUUGUUGCUGCUACAUUCGUUCAACUCUUUCCAAGGCCACCGUCUGCGACACGUCAUGUCUGUCAGACACUUUCCAGUGCCGUUCGCACAAUAUCAGAUCACUAUGCUCUGGUGUUGUCACACUGGGCCAGGGCCGACCCUGACCAUCCCAUCGCUACUGUGGCUGAGAAGAUCACUUUAGAAAUGGCCGAAACACUGCUAUCACUCAAGGCACCUAUUGGCCUCCUCCGAUGGGAAAUGACCUUUGGUCCAUUCCACCGUAAAACCCUCGAUCGGACACAGUCACUAUUGGGCGACCUGAACCAAGCAUUAGGCCGUCUGCUCAUUUUGUCAACUACACUGCCGCUGUACCUACAGGAGCGAUUGAUGCGUACUGUAGGUCUCACGGACGACAACACUGUUGGGGAUGUCAUGGCCGUACUAGGCGUGAUCGAACAGGCACUCAAGGCUGGAGCCGCGCUGCCGGAACGGUUGCCCACACCGUUGGUCAAGCGGUGCUACGAGUCGUGGAAUCAGCAGCAUCGAACAGCUGAACUGAGCAAAGCGAUGGUUCGUGAUGGGAACUAUCGCCGCUACUGUGUUGCGAUUAGUUCGUACUUGAAGUUCUUAUCGGCCAUUGAUGAAUUGGUUUUGGUACUCAAGGGGGCGCUCGGAGAGUCUCACAUUGUCGAUAGGGGGGAGACAGUUGUGUGAACGAAACAGAGCAAAAGAUUGGGGAAUAUCCUCUUGUCUUGUUUUAUGAGGGGGCUGUCAUCACCGUCAGCCCUAAUCACAGCAGGAUCGGAAUGACUCACCAUAGCCCCCUCUGCCAAGCCACUACUGCCAAAGGAUGAAGGGACUCGCAAGGCCGGCCUUAGCCUAUCUCUACGGAAUUGCCGCGUUUAUCCUCGGACAUUUGCCCAGGUCAGUGAAGUGUCUACAGAGAGACGUGACUUUCACUCAACGAAUCGUCGUAGGCUGCAUCGAAUAGCUGCACGGUUUUAAGAUGUAGCUGUACUAGCAAAAGGAAUAAGGAUGCUUAUCUGUAGUAGGCAGAAUCUAGAUUAACAUCUC